ACGUCGUUUUUCUGCAAGUAAUAUUACGGCGUCGUAUUGCUGUAACCUCCCCGAUUAUAUAAAAUCACCGCAUUGCUGAGCUUCUUUGGAUUGCUGGGUGUUCUUUUUCUUUUAUAUUUUUGCAAUAGCUGUUUUGACAAAUGAGAAAUUCGGUGAAUCGACCACCGACACCAGAUGUAGCAGAAGAUCCAGGGAAAGAGCCUACGUUUCAAGAAAUUAUCAAUAUUAAGUUAAUCGAGAGUGGAGAAAAGGAGAGAUUGAUGGAACUUUUAAGAGAAAGACUUAUAGAGUGCGGAUGGAAAGACGAAAUGAAAGCACUCUGCAGGGCAUUUAUAAAGAAGAAAGGGAGGAACAAUGUUACUGUAGAUGACCUUGUACAUGUAAUUACUCCUAAGGGCAGAGGUGCUUUAGUUGAUCAUGCCUUUGAUGCUGAUAAACUCACUUGUUUCUCUAACUCAAUUUGGAGACAGCAAUUUCAAUUUAUAUUUUAGUUCUAUUCUUUCUCCUUUCAAAUACAUUUUUCUAUUGGGACUGAAAAUUUUCACAUUGUUGCUGAUGUAGCCUCCAUCCCUGAUUCCAUAAAGGCUGAGCUGUUGCAAAGAAUCCGUACUUUUCUUGUUCAAGCUGCUGUCUGAUAUACCAGCUCUGUCCGUUGUGGUGUAGUGGGAUAGUCGGAAUCAUUUAGAAUUGUGUAGCAUCAUUAGCUCAAGUUGUCUUGAGAAGUGGAGGCAGCCUACUGCUGCAAAACCAAGAGAUGAAAUAGCAUACUGCUGAAGCAGGAAACAACUUCCGACAAUUCCUUUCGACUGUAAUAUCUUAAAAUUCAGUUUGGAAUAUGUAAUGUUUCACAGCGUAUGUACUUUCAUUCAUCAACUGCUCUGUUCUGAAACAGUACUCAAAUUCAGCUGCCAGCUCUGUAAUGAAACCCUUCACUUGAUGGCGGGAAUUUGCCUGGAUAUUUCUAUUAUGGGGUUAAGUAGCUUAUUUCUGGGUUA